UGCCGAAUACCAGAUAAUUUCCUUAUAUAUAGUUGUCACAUGUCGUUUAUUGGUAUUCAAGCCGAACAAUAUCUGUAGAUUUUUUUGUCACCGUGAUUUAAGUACAUCAAAGUCCGAGUCCAGUUGUGCGCAGUGUUACAUUUAUUUUUUCCAACUCUAUAUAACAAGAUGAAUUAAAAAGCCCUCGUCUUCAGCACCGAGACCUUUUUGUCCUAAACGGCGAACCAUCUACACUCUGAAUAACUGUAUUGCAGAGGUUGAACAUGGUUGGCUCAUGAAAACGGAAGUUGUAGCUUCUACCGCAAGACAUGCACGUCUAACAGCCAAUAGUAGCUGAAGAAAAAUAUGCUUGCGCCAACACUUCCUAUGACGUCUUAAAAGGUAGUGAUGGUAUUGUUAUAACGUUAAAUUGUUAGAAUUUGAAGAAUUAUUUAUACGUCGUUUCUUAACAAGCAUCCGUCCCUUGGACGCGUUUGUGUGGGGUAAAAUACGGAGGGUUAGGGUUUGUUGUCGUUGCCUGAACAUUCAGCCCUGUCAAAAUGGCGGACAAACAGGAUGAAAGCAACACGAGAAAUGGAGCGGCGGACGGAGGAGGCCAGAGUGGGACCGAACUGCAGCAGCCGGGCGAUGCGAAACUGGCGUUUGCAAAGAACAUUGUGCUGUCGCCCGUUCUGUCGGAGAAGAAGGACGGGGGAGACGCUCACUUCGUGGAACUCGCCGCACAUACUGCGGUGGAAACUUCUGGCAUUCUGGAGUACUGGAGUUCUACGAAAGAGGGCACGGAGCUGCUGGAGAAGGACUACCAGAUCGUCACCAACGACAAGCUGAUUCUGGGGCGAAACGUUUUAACGUCGUUUGCGGAGUCGGCCGCCAUUGAGGCGGGCACUGCCGAGUUCGCCGCGGUGUCCGCCGAGUUCGUGAACGCCGUCCCAUCGGAGACCACCACCAUUAUAUACGUUCAGCCCGAUGGCAGUUUCGUAGAAGGCACCGGUUUAACAGCGGAGGAGCAGCAGCAGCUCGUGGAGCAUUUGUCGAAGCAGCAGCUGGAAGCUCCGCAAAGCGAGGCCGACGCCGGGGUGUCGGAACCGGCGCAGCAGCAGCAGCAGCAGGGGGCAGCGCCGGCCCGUCCCGGGCACAGCGGACCACUGGCCCCCAGCGAGCUGCAGCAGGUGAUCCAGCAGGUGACGAGCAGAUCGCAGAAGACGUCGACGUCACUGCUCGUACACGCGGAGCAGAAUGUGGCGGCUCAGCGGCAGGACCCGGGGACGGCUGUGUGCGAGCAGCCGGCCGGUCGCUUUCCGCUGGAAGCAGCGGGUCCGCUGUGCGCGGCGGGGUCCCAGGGCCAGCCGGGGAGCGUGUCGGUGCAGUCGGUGCAGCCUCAGCAGCCGCAGCCCCUGACCAUCAUGCAGAACGCCUCCCAGCAGCUCCAGAACGCCGCGAAGCAGGUGGCCCUGCAGCAGCAGAGUCAGUCUCAGAACGGGACCCGCCUAAAAAAGCUGGAAACUAUUCAAAUUCAAGUCCAGAUGCCCCAAGCGCAGGAAGUGAAGGAGCGGCCAAUAGCCCCCUUGACCGUGUUCCAACAGAAAAAUGUAUCUGUGAACCAGCUACCUAACAGAGUGAAUGUCUCUACUGGUGUAAAUGUCACCUGUCCUCAGAUUAUCCACAUUGCACCAGUGGUUGGGGAACACCAAUAUCUCCUACAUAAUGCUGGAGAUCCACCAAUCCAACUGCUAGUUCAGAGACCUGAACCCAUCAUGGGUAACUUUAUUCCUGUGCUCCAAAAGAUACCUCUGCAGAACCCUAUCAAUGGAAAUGCUGUAAAAUCUACCACGACAAGUUCCUCCAAUGUUACUUUGACAUCUACUGUAGAGAAGAAGGACAGGCAAAAGGAGAAGAAACAUUCUAAAAGGCCUCAGAAAAUCAAGACCCGGUCUGGUCGGGUGUCUAGGCCUCCAAAGUAUAAGGUCAAGGACUACAAGUUCAUUAAGAGAGAAGAUCUAGCGGAUGGCCAUCAGUCUGACUCAGAUGACUAUUCUGAGAUAAGUAUGGAGGAGGAGGAAGGUGAAGAAACAAACAGCAACAUUGCUACAAUGAACUUAAACCUUAACCCUAAAGCAUUCAAGUGUGAGACGUGUGAUAAAGCCUAUAUCGGAAACGGAGGCUUGUCUAGACACUAUAGACUAAAUCCCUCACACAAAGUGGUACCUUCCAUUCAAGGCAAUGUAGCAGUACAGCUGGAACAGCAGGGCACAGUCUCUGAGACAGGUUCUGCAAUGCUCCCACUAGGAAACUCAGACACUCGGGUGACACCUGGGCAAGCAGCAGUAGAAAAAGUGUUUGUGUGUACUACACAAAUUCAGAGUUCACCAGAAGCGGUUUCCACAACAGAUUCAACUGCUGGCUUGGCACAGCAAGAUGAACAAAAGGUCGAACCUUUACAUGUUGAAGGAACACAUCUUGGAUCUGAGCAGAGAGAGUCCUGUGGACCUGGUCGACCCAAGGGUCCUGGUAGACCUGGCCGACCUAAAAUUGGUGCGCGUGCUGGAAGGAGAGGAAGACCUGGCCGUCCUCCAAAACACUGUGGAGGUACAAGCAUGGACCAGCAGAACCAGCGGAAAAAGGCUCUUCUCAAAGAGGUAAUGGAGAAGUGCAGUAAUGAAGAAUUAAUAGAGAUGGUUCUCCCUCGCCUGGCAAAGGUGAUGACUGUCUGGGAGUUCCUACUUAUGAAGGUGGACAAGGGGUGUUCCUCUACACCUCAGUUUUCAGAUGUUUACCAGGAGUUUGAGCAGUUACACAGUCAGGUGAAGAAGAUGGCGCAGAGUCACUACAGCAUGCCAGGACCACACACUCCCCUUGAGGUUAAUGAUCCUCAGGUGUCCUUGAGCCUUGGCAUCAAGGAUUCAGUGAUUAUUCCCAAGCUCCUCUGCUCUGAUCCAGGGAAUCAAAAAACAGAAGAUGUUAGCAAAGAAAUCAGUCCACCAUCUAAAAAGGCGCACCAUUCAGAGGAGUUCAAGACUUUGCCACCAGCUAAAAGGUUUAAACUGGAGAAUACUUCUGUGGAAAGCAAUGGUGUGUACCUUGACCAGAUUGUGACGGAAAAGGUUGCCGAAAAUGGACAUUCCCUGUCUGAGGCUCCCAGAAAAGAUAUGGAGUUUGUACCACGUGGGCAUCAGCAAGCACUCUUGGAGUCAAAGAGCCAUUUAUCCAUAAUAGACCUCCAACCAUCCUCAAAGACACAAACACACACGGAGGCUGUGGCCCUCAAGUCUCAAGUUGUUUUCAGCAGUAUCGAAACCAAUUUUACUCCAGUGGACUUGGUAGAGGAACAUCUGCCCAGCGAAGAGUCUGCAAACGCAGAAGACAUACAUAAAUUGGUAAUAGAUGGAGUCCCUCAAAUCUGUUCAGAAGUAUCGGAAAAAUCUGAAACUGCCACAGAGAUGGAGACAUCAAAUGUUUUGAAUGAUUCCGACAUUGCAGAUCAGAUGAAUCAACUUGAACAGGUGUUAAAUACAGAUGUUGUACCACUGGAUCAUUCAUACAGGACCAGUGUUCAGGAACCUCAGCCACCUACGGAAACUGUUAAUGGCCUUGAGCAGGAACGCAGCUUGGAAAGCACCAUCUCCUUAGGAGGCACAGUGGAAUUCCAAGUGGGGGAGGAAAGCCAGAAGAAUGAUUUUGACCAGGUCUUUUUCCAUACAGAGGAUGGGCUUAUCGUGCACCAUACAGGAGAAAGCCUUGCAGCUGACCCUAUUGUCAUUGUCACAAACCCUAAUGGCACAAUGCACAUCCGUGCCCCCGAGGGAGUAGCCAUGGAGACGGUACAAGCACUACUGGGCAUUGAAACAGAAGGCCACACCGAGGGCAUUCUCGUCUCUGAGACUCCUCACUGACACCUUGCACACGUAGCUGCACUUCAGACAUUUUUAUAAAUAAGAAUUGUUUGUAAAUUUGUAUACAUUAUUUUUGAAAUGGCAUAAAAUAUAGAACUGUGAUGUUAUGGAGCACUGUAUUGAUCUGUUUUUCAAUUUCAGUUUAAAA